UCUCCAUUUAGUUGUCGUGCCGAGGGAAAUCCAAACAGACGAAAAUGCGAGCAUCCACAUUGUUAUUCGGCGUGCUGUUGGUGGCCAGUUGCUCCUCGAUUUUGGCCAGGCCGCAGGAAAGCACCACUCCUAGCAGAAGCACCACCUCAACCACCAGCACCACCACUCCAAAAUCCGAGGAAUCGACCAGCCCCACUACGACUACGACUACGACCACGACCACGGAAAAGCCGCAGUCGGAGUCCACAACUCCCAGUACUAUCACUACUAGCACCACUCCGAGUACCACCCCCAGCACCACCCCCAGUACCACCCCCAGUACCAUCCCCAGCACCACCUCCAGUACCACCCCUAGCACCACCACCACCACCACCACCACUCCAAAACCCGAUGACGAUGAGGCCGCCAAACUCCUACAGCAAUGUGCCGAGUUGAGCCGCCGGAAGAAGCGCGGUGGUUCGUCCUCUUCCGAAGAAGACGACAGUAGUGAGAAGAAAGCGGCGAAGAAAGAACGCAAGCAGUUGAAGAAACUGUGCAAGCAGUUGAGGAGGCAGCAGGAGCGCAAGCAGGAGAAGUCCCAGAAAUCAGCACUAUCCGAAUUGGCCGAUGCCCUGCGAAACUACAACCAAAAACAGAAGAACUAAUGCGCCAGUCCUCCACCUUUUUUCUUUAUUUUUUUGUUGUUGUAUAGUGUAUUUUAUUUUAUGUAACAAAAAUUAAACCAAUAAAUAAGCUAUUCUGUUUAAUUAUA